CGGGAGCGGGAGCGCGCAUGGCGGCGGGCCGGGCUCCCCAUUGGGCCCGGCUGCGGGGCCGCCUCCUCCGGGCCGCCGGCCGGAUUGCCUCCAGGGCCUUCGCCGCCGGGGGGCCCGACCAGGCCGCGCCGACGUUCGGGUUCCUGCUGGACGUGGACGGGGUCCUGGUCCGGGGUCACAGGGUCAUCCCCGCGGCCUCCGCCGCCUUCCGCAGGCUGGCGGACCGGCGCGGCCGCCUCCGCGCGCCCGUGGUCUUCGUCACCAACGCCGGCAACUGCCGGAGGCACGACAGGGCCCGGGAGCUGUCCGGCCUGCUGGGUUUGGAGGUGAGCCCGGAGCAGGUGGUCCUCUCCCACAGUCCCCUGCGCCUGCUCUCGCGCUUCCACGAGCGCCGCGUGCUGGUGUCCGGCCAAGGGCCGGUGGCGGAGAACGCCCGCAGCCUGGGCUUCCGGGACGUGGUGACCGUGGACGAGCUGCGCCUGGCCUUCCCCCUCCUGGACACGGUGGACCUCGAGCGGCGGCCCAAGGCCACGCCUCCCCCGACCCUCGGCUUCCGCCCCAUUGAAGCGGUGGUCCUGCUGGGGGAGCCGGUCCGUUGGGAGACCAGCCUGCAGCUGAUCCUGGACGUCCUCCUGAGCCACGGCAGCCCCGGCGGCGUGCCGGACGCCACCCCCUACCCGCACCUGCCCGUCCUGGCCUGCAACACGGACCUCCUGUGGAUGGCCGAAGCCGGGACCCCCAGGUUUGGCCACGGCACCUUCCUCCUCUGCCUGGAGAGCAUCUAUCGCAAAGUGACGGGCCGGGAGCUGAUUUACGAGGCCCUGGCGGGCAAACCCAGCCUGCUCACCUACCGCUACGCCCAGCACGUGAUCCAGCAGCAGGCCCGGGCGCGGGGCUGGCACGCCCCCAUCCGCUCCCUCUACGCCGUCGGGGACAACCCGAUGUCGGACGUCUACGGCGCCAACCUCUUCCACCGGUCCCUGCGGCCGGGGGUCCCGGGGGACGCCGAGACCUGCGAGGCCAUCCUGGUCCGCACGGGGGUGUUCGGCCCCCGGACGGCGUCGGACCGGCCGUUCCACGGGCCCCGCGACUUCCCGGACGACCCCGGCCUGGCCCGGGCGGCGCACGUGGUCCGGGACGUGGACGAGGCCGUGCGCCUGGUGUUGCGGAAGGAGGGCUGGGAGACGGACUGAGGGCCCGGCCCCCGCUCGGCCGCCGCCUCCGGACCUCCGUUUCCCCGCCUUCUGGUGCCGGGGGGCAGGGCCGCCUCUUACCGGGGAGGUGGAAGACGGCCCUCCGGCCGGGCGGUGUGCGAUUAGGACCGAGGGCGCCUUUUAAUCGGUUUUUAAUUAGCCCCGGGGAACCCGGGGCCCGUUGAAAAAGCGAAAAAUUAAAGGAGGCGACAGAAACGGGA